GUUGUCUAUGCUAUGACUUAGGUACGACGAAGUGGUGGUAACAUUCGUCCUAACGGUACGACGCGUUGGCUGAUAUCAAGUUGUUCUACUUCGUAGUCUGUGCCAGUACUUUUUGGCGGGAAUUGUUUCAGACGCUUUUACUUUUACAACACUAGAUAGAUAAAACAUCGUUGAGCCAAGUUGAAAAGCUUUUGACACAACUGAAUUAUAGUGGACACUGCUCUAUCCUACCUAAUGGAGGAGGGAAAUAUCCGUCUUCAGGAAGCUUGCUCCGCUCUAGAAGAGAUUAUUGCUGAGAACGAUUUACACCUGAAUGAGUUACAGGAAGAGAUUAGUCAGACAGUAAACCCUCGUCCUGCGGCCACACGAAAACAAAUGCGAACCGCGGAUAAGGUUGCUGCAUUGGAAGCCAGAAAAUGCGAUCUAGCUUUUCUUCUAGGAGAAGCUAGACCCACAGAUUGCCAUCAAAAGGAAAUCCUAAGCAACAAGUCACUUAUACUAAGCUUGGCACGGGCAUCACAAUCACGUUCUAAAACGGAAAUGCAACAGCUUUUGGUGGAAGAAAAGCUACGACAGGCUUCAAUCAAAAAGGAAUGUGAAAGGAAGACAAAAAUCUUAAAUGAGCUUACAAUGAUUCUAAAUGCUUUUUUGAAAAAAAUGAAAUCUAUUGAGGAAUUGGAAUUAGCUGAACUUAAAGCAUUAAAAGCUAAAACAAAUGACCUUGAAAAUACCUGUUCUGAAAUGCGAAUGGCUAUGGCUGAAUUAUUUGACAAAUAUUUUGGAGCUCCACAAAUUCCUGGGUAUACUUCAAUGUACGAACUUCUGCAGCAUCUAAUGAAGCCCCUUAGACAAAGCCGACGAAGUACAUACAUUAGAGUAAAAGACUCUGUUUGGCCGUAUUACUUGGAGAUAUUGGAAACAAACGGGAUCAUUGAGUACCAUCGGGUUGACAAAAGCAAAAUAAGACUUGUUGACUUUUCAAACGGUCAGUUAGGAUUUGAUCCGGAGAAAAUGGAGGCCGUCAGAGAAAGAGUAGAGGCAAAAAUGAAGGCUAAAAAAGUUUUGAAGAAAAACAUAAGCAAAGGUAAAAAGGCUUCUGAAGGAAAUACAGGCAGAGAAAGAUUGGUUGUAACAGUAAGUGAACAAAAAAGUGAUAAAGCUUUGAAGAAAAGUGAAGAAAGUGUGCUGGAAGAAGAAGAAUGGGAGGAUGACCUAUAACAGUGCAAGAAAAGAAGCACAAAAGCUCAUAAGAAUAGGAAUCAUGUUAAGAUUUUCUACUGUUCUUACUAAAACAAAAUUCUGUCGUUAAUUCAGUAAUACAAAUCUGUUAAGUGAA